UUUUAAUCAAGAAGAUGAAUUGUGCAUGCAAGGGUAAAGUAACGCCUUAUUCCUCGUCAUCAAAGAUUAGUUAUUGACGCAGCUUCUGGAGUGCACCCAAAUGCACCGGAAGUGACAAAUGUGUUACGUUACAUCUGCGCCACUGUGUUUUUAAAAAAGCGGCGGUAGCCUUUCUGCUGUACUCAUGUAGGAGCUUUAGCCUGUUGUCAUUUCCACACUCCACCGCCGUUCAUGAGUGCGGUAUCCUGGUGUUGAAAGCUCCAGUACCAUGCACCAGCAGCCGAGUGCAAAGGAGCUAGGCCUUCUGGGAAAUCUGUGUCCUGGCGACGGGUGGUUGGAUGGGAAGACUUUCUACCUGGAUAAUGUGAAGAAACGUCAAACAGUGCUGCUUUUGGAGGCAAUAUCCCUUCAUGGCGGGAGAGUCGAGAGUUUUCUACACAAGGAUGUAAACUUUGUUGUUACUGGGAGUCAAGAGGCUCUGAAAGAGAAGAGAACAGAUGUCAGAGGAGGAGGAGGAGGAGGAGGAGAAAAGACUUUGAAAGAUGAAGCCCGAAAUCAUACUAAGCAACCAGACAGUGUCCUCAGCAGUGAAAAAAGACAACGGCAACCAGGAACUCCAAGACCCCUGGUCUGUGGUAGCCGUGGCAAGGCUCUACUUGAAAAAGCUAUCCGUAACAACGAACGACUGCAAGGCAGCAGUGUUUUGGCAAGUGCCCGAUUAUGGGGAGUGAAGAUUUUGUAUGUGGAUGACGUAUUGUUCUAUCUAAAACAAGUGAAUCGAGAGAGCUCCAGUACAAAACAAAAGAGGCCAGAGAAGACAAACUCCCAACCACAAAUUUCUCAUGUCAAAGCUGCAGCUUUAAGGUCUCCAUAUCUCAAAAUAGAAGACACGAGCAAGAAAUAUAAACCCUUGCACAUGCAGGCUAUGACCUUCCCCUCACUUUAUUACCUGGGUCGAUUUAGUCCUUUUGAGUCUCCUCCCCCUCCUCGCUUUGAAAAACCAAAAGAAGAGAAAGAAACAAGCAAGAGGGAGAAGAAAUAUGUUGAAAGCAGCAUUAAUGACAAGUCCCAAACCCCACUCAUCUGUAACCCUUCACCUUGGCGGACACGCAGGAAGGACACGUCCUACUGUGAAUGCUGUCACCAGGCCUUCACUAGUCUGGAGGAGCAUUUACAGUCUGAGCAGCACCGAACAUUUGCCCUGGAUCAGUCCAACUACGGUGUGAUUGAUCAACUUGUUGCUGAAAUGUUUCCGGGAUUUAACCCUGAUCCUUCUGAACACUUAGAGGAUUUGUUAAGCGGGCCACCAACUCUAAUACCCAUUCAGGUUGUCUGUGAACUGGAGCCUCUCACUGACGGUGAGACUGAGCAAGCAGUUUUGGCUCUGCGCCGACAGAGUUCCUCAAUCAAUACUCCUACAGAGACUCCUCUCUGCUUCAGACCAGCUAACCCAGCACUUGAAGACGAGUGUUCCAUUUCAAAUUUGCCCCUACCACCCGGUGACCUCAAUAUCCCUGACAUCGAGCCUCGCUCUUCGAGCCCCAUAAUGCCUGUGUUAGAUAUUGAACUGCCAGCCACGAGCUCAGUCUGCCAGAUUUUGUCCCAGCAUACAACCUCUGACCCUUACAUUUUACCUCCAGUCCUCAGCCCUCAAGUUCCUUACACCUGCUGCACUGAAGAUGUAGGCAACUCACACUUAGAGCCCCCUGUUUUAAGUCCACAGCCAUUUACUGCAGAACAGACUGUGGACAGAGUCUGUGAUAUGGAUACAGUGGAGCACUUGUGUGAGCCGAUCUCGGCUGUCUCUGUUCAACUUCUUUCCUCUGUGGCUGAUACAGAAGGGGGAGGGUCAAACCAGGCUGGAUUUUUGUUAUCGUGUUCUAACAGUGGUAAAGUCAACAAUUCAGGUACUUCACAUAGAUUCCAAUCUCUGCCACAGCAGUUGGCAACUUGGCCAAACCCCAAAAAACGCUGGCGAUCAGCGAGCCCUGACUUUAUCUACAACAAGAGGAGAAGGAUUGAAAUGAAAAAGGAUGAAUUUGUUUGCACUCAACAGGACUCCAAAGCUCCAGAAAGAGACACAAGGACAAAGUUUUGGACCUGUUCAGUGUUAGAAGACGCAUCUCAUAAAUCAAUGCCGAGCUGCCUUCAGCAGAAUUCAACAUCACAACCCAAUUUGACUUUUUUAUAUUCUUCCUCUGCACAGACAGCAGACAUUUCAGGUCCUAGUCACAUGUUGGGGUUGUCUCCAUCAAAGACUUCAAAAAUGUGUCCCCCAGUUAAGCCCACCAAUGAAAACUGUCUCAGUGGGGUCUCCAGCCAGGACUCUCAGCGUUCACUAUCCCUCUCUACCUCUGUGUGCAUCGACUCUGCCCUCAUACCAGACGUGGCCGCACUUUCUGGGGCAUCGUCCGAGUCUGACUGGGACUGUGACCUGCUGUCCCGGCUGGGCACCACCUCUGCCUUGCACCUGUCGGCAACGGAGCAGGGCUGCGAGCUAGACAGGGAGCUCCUCCUUCAGCCGUGCACCUGGUUGCACGACACCAGCUACGAGUCACGGCUACACACUGCCCUCGAGCCCUCAAAUCCUCUCUGUGGGGAAGAAAUGGACUCUGCCGUGUUUUCCCGAACUGUGAUGCAAAUUGUCAAAGUUCAGCACUAAUGAAUUAUUUCAUUUUUAUUUUAUUUUUUAAAUUUUGAAGAUUUUAAAUAUCCACAUCUUGAAGGAUUCACUUGGAUCAGCAAAUUGGGUGUUGUGGAAAUGGUGCGCAGCCCCUACACACAGUCUGCGUUUAAUGAGUUAUAAACAUAAAACUCAAACUUUUAAUUAAUCCAAUGAACAUUUAGUAUUCAACUCAGUGUUUUGAUGUAUCUGGUGACUAUCAAGAAUAUCCAUUUUCAUUUCAUCCUCCCACUUUUCCACCAGCCUAGGACCCGGGGCCAUUUCUGUAUGUUGUGCUGACUGCGUCCUUUCAACAGCUAUGUCCGGGAACACGCAGUGGUACUGGGAAUUUAAUGAGUUUUUUUCUGAGGGGAGGCAUUACUCAAUUAGUGUAAGUGCUGCAUUUGGAUCAGAUCCCGAC